ACUUAUCAUGGACGCCAAAUCUAUUCGUGUCUACUCGUCUGUGUAUUCCGGUAUUCAGGUUCUGGAAGCCAUCGUGAGGGGCAUAGCAGUCAUGAAACGGAAGUCGGACGCCUACGUGAACGCCACUCAGAUCCUCAAGGUCGCUGGUGUCGAGAAAGGGAAGCGUACCAAGAUCCUUGAAAAAGACAUCACGAAUGGUGAACACGAAAAGAUACAGGGGGGCUACGGCAAGUACCAGGGAACCUGGAUCCCUCUUGAGAGAGGAAGGGAGCUUGCUCAUCAGUAUGGUGUGGGUCACUUGUUAGCACCUAUCUUCGAUGCUGCUCCCGCCACAUCCAGCGAGUCUUUCCCCGGCUCCCAACGAUUUCCAGCGGUCUCUCUUUCGAAACAACCUGCCAGGUCAUCGCAAACCGCCGCAUUCCCGCCUGCAUCUGUUGUCUCACCUGUGCCUGAUUACGGUAUCCAAGGAUCCACCCCUUCAUCAUUGGAGCUGCUUCAGAAAGGUCGAUUACCUGGUGCAGCCAUCUCUCCUGCAGGUUUGAACGGAGUUUUCAGUGGCGACAGCGACCUUUUAUUUGGCUAUCAGUCGUCAGACCGUGCACCAUCGCUCAAGCGUGGGCGGGAGACGGAGAGUUUGGACAACAUUCCCACGCAUUUCAUGGCAUACCAGCCAGAUGUCGAGGCUCACGCGCAAGUUUCCAAUGGGGAUGGUCCCCCGCCUCCGAAGAAGCCCAGGACGGAUAACGUGAACGCAGGAGUUUUGAAUGGUGCCACUGCGCUGCCCAGUGCGAUGAUGAUGGACUACAGUCUGCGCCCUGCGUUGUUCGAAGACUUGGAUUUCAGUUUGUCGAAGGCUGGCUCUCGGGCGCAGCAGGCACUGGUUGCCAUUGAUAAUGACGAUUGCCCGCGUCUCCUGUCUGCCCUCACAAUUCUGCAGGCUGACAACGGUCCGCACUUGGAUGGCGCGCUAAAAUUGGACGACGAGGGCCACACAGCUCUUCAUUGGGCGGCAGCUCUGGCACGACAAGGUAUCGUGGAAGCCCUUGUACGAAGCGGUACGGACGUUACUUCCCGCAAUGCGAUCGGUGAAACCGCGUUGAUGCGCGCUGUUAAGUCGUCCUACAACUAUGAGCAACAAACCUUUGGCGCUUUAUUAUCUUCUCUCGAAGGAUCUCUCAUGCUCGUGGAUGACUCCAAUAGGACGUUACUUCACCAUAUCGUACAACUAGCUGCUGUUAAAGGUCGGGCCACCGCUGCCAGGUACUAUCUGCAAGUCGUCUUUGAGUGGAUAGCACGUCAGCUACGGGGCAAUUAUCGAGACUUCGUCGACGUACAGGACAUUAAUGGCGACACUGCAUUAAAUGUUGCCGCAAGAAUUGGUUCGCGAGCGCUUGUUCGUAUGCUACUAGACGUUGGAGCCAACCGCACCAUUCCAAACAAACUUGGGCUGCGCGCAGGCGAUUUCGGAGUUGAAGAAGACACACUGCAGCCCAAUCCCGUGGAAGACGCCUUAUCCUCGUUAAGAGCGAACAAGUCAGCGCCUCUCCAGAGAAGUUCCAACAUAAUUUCAGGAAUCACCGCAAAGAUGGAGGCACUGGCUUCGGAAUUUGCGUCCGAAUUAGAUGCCAAACAGAGCGCGAUUACGAUGAAUCAGGUUCAUCUUCGAGUAGCCACAAGACAGCUGGCGGAACAAAGGCGACAGAUCCAGACAUGGAAGUCUAGAUGUCAGGAGCUGGACCAGGGGAAACAGAGGGUGAAGAAUGUUCAACGCGCAUUGGCCCAGGAGGAGGGCUUCGAAUGGACCGGUCGAACUGAAGCCGAUGGAGGUGCCGCCAGAGAAAGUGCCGGUCUUCCAUUCUCGUAUCGCGGUGCAGCCCGGCCCACACCUUCUACAGUCGGGGCAGUAGAAAUUUCAUUCGAACUUGGGACUGACCCUCCAAUACCGUCCGGUGACAGCACGGCUACCCUCGUCAAACUACGGAGAAUAAAAACGUGGUCAGCACGAGUAGAGCAGAUUCUAUCUGAGCGAAUCAGGCGACUCCAAGGUGCUGGUGCAUAUAAAGAAGUCCAAUGCAAGAGAAUCGUCUCUCUUUGCACAAAGGUCCCUGUGGAAGAAGUGGAGCGGAUGCUUGAAUCUCUCUUGAACGCAGUGGAAAGUGACAGCGAUAAUUUGGACAUGGAACGAGUUUCCGGAUUUUUGGCUAAGGUACGCAAUGGAAAUAUAUAGUGUGCAGUGG